CAUUUGGAUGGACCAGGGUUCAGGACUCCUCACUUCGUGCCCACGUUACUACAGCCACCUCCACUGCUGCCAGCUGACUUCCACAGCAAGCCCCAUCGGCUUCUUCCUAAGGGCUGAAGACCAGACCUAGAACGCUGUCAGCCCUCUGAUUCUCUGUGAUGUUUAAAAAAUAUAACAAUGAUAAUAGAUGUUUAAGGCUGCCAUGGCUGCCGUCGACAACUUCUACCUCUUGUAUAGGGAAAUCGCCAGGUCGUGCAAUUGCUACAUGGAAGCUCUAGCCUUGGUUGGAGCCUGGUAUACAGCCAGAAAAAGUAUCACCGUCAUCUGUGACUUUUACAGCCUGAUUAGGCUGCACUUUGUCCCUCGCCUGGUGAGCAGAGCAGAUCUGAUCAAGCAAUAUGGAAGAUGGGCUGUCGUGAGUGGUGCAACAGAUGGGAUUGGAAGAGCCUAUGCAGAAGAGUUAGCAAGCCGUGGUCUCAAUAUCAUCUUGAUUAGUCGGAACCAAGAGAAGUUGCAGAUGGUUGCUAAAGACAUCGCUGACACCUACAAAGUGGAAACCGAUAUCAUAGUGGCCGACUUCAGCAACGGCCGGGAGAUCUACGACCCAAUUCGAGAAGCCUUGAAAGACAAAGACAUUGGCAUCUUGGUAAAUAACGUGGGCGUGUUUUAUCCCUACCCUCAGUAUUUUACUCAGGUGUCCGAGGACAAACUCUGGGACAUCAUCAAUGUGAACAUUGCUGCUGCUAGUUUGAUGGUCCACAUAGUGUUACCGGGGAUGGUGGAGAGGAAGAAAGGCGCUGUCGUCACUAUCUCCUCUGGCUCCUGCUGCAAACCAACUCCUCAGCUGGCUGCCUUUUCUGCUUCUAAGGCUUAUUUAGACCACUUCAGCAGGGCGUUGCAGUAUGAAUAUGCUCCCAAAGGAAUCUUUGUACAGAGUCUAAUCCCGUUUUACGUGGCUACCAGCAUGACUGCCCCUGGCAGCUUUCUGCACAAGUGCCCGUGGCUGGUGCCUUCACCAAAAGUAUAUGCACAUCAUGCCGUUUCUACCCUUGGCAUUUCGAAAAGGACCACAGGAUACUGGUCCCAUUCUAUCCAGUUUCUUUUUGCACAGUAUAUGCCUGAGUGGCUCUGGGUGUGGGGAGCAAAUAUUCUCAAUCGUUCUUUACGAAAGGAGGCCUUAUCCUGCAAACCAUGAAACUGGAUGAUGGUUUGGGAAGUUUUGUCAACUCAUGGGAACCUACAGUAUUCUGACAUUUGGAAGAACACAUUUAAUUUAUCUUCUGUAUUUUCUUUUAUUACUGCUUAUUUAGCAUACUAUUGGCUCAUCAUUUGCAAAGCAAACAUAAUACUUUAGAGAAUGCUGUGGAAAAACCUCAAGGGCCACAUGGAUGGUACAGAGUAAAUAAUGACUUGAGGCGUGCACAAGAACUGAUUGAGGAAACCUAAAUUUCGAUGCUUUUUUCCCUAAGCUCUUCAAAAGUUGAGUGAUUUAUGUUGUUCUAGGAGCUACAGCAAUCUGAUACUGAAAUAUACUUGUAACAGGACUUGUCACUUCUUAUAAUUUCAGAUGUUGCUUUUUAAGGGAAAUUAUUUCAGUAGAUGAAUUAUAGUAUUGGUUUCCAAAUGUUCAUCAGGAAAGACUCUAAGUGUUAUUUUAUAAGAUUGUUGGUAUGAUUAGCAUUAGAACUCUGUGUGUGUUAAUAUUGUAUAGCUCUGUUUGACUAUCCAUGUAUGAAAAUGCUGCUUUCAACUGGUAAUUCAUUAGAGAACCAUAUAUGUAUGGAUGUUGUGUGCAUCUGGGGAACGUUAUGGGUAAGUUACUUAAAAAAUUUUUUUUUUUGUUUAGAUGGUUUAAUGUGGAACCUUACAGGGUAUUAAAAUUCUAGAUUAUUCCUCUUCAUACUAAAGGAGCUUACCCACUUUUGAGCUAUAGGCUUGCCGUGUAUAAUAUUACUUACAACAUUCUGUGGUUUUUUUUAAUCUACCAUGGAAUGAAUUCAUUCCUAGAUUUGGACAAGUAGUGAUUGUCAGUAAUCUCUUGAUUUAGAAUUAUUGUGGACAAGUAGUGAUUUCUCAGCCUAUGACCCAUUUUAUAACUGAAAUUUAGCCCUUUAGAGCUUGUUAUAUCUGGUUUUCAUACACUUUUCUAUGUAACAUUACAUUCCAGUAGAUUAUUGGUAUAAACAAGUAUUUAUGGAAUAGUAGUUAAAAUGUGGACAAAUAUGUGUGAUAUGUAUUGUAUCUGUUGAAAUAAGUUAGUUCUUGUAAUUAAUUUAUGCAUUAUAGUGAAUACUUUUAUUAGUGUGAAGAUAAUUAUGUACAACCCCCCACAAUAUGGGCUAACAUUGAAACCUACUGUGAAAUGUUUUUGGUUCAGGUCCUAUAAAGGUGAACAUUUUGAGGACUACAUACCUAGUGCUUUGGCAGUUGUAAAUCACUAUGAAUAUGACAAUAUGUGCAAAGUAAAAACUUGGAGUUUAAUACUGGGACACUGAUGCAGAAGCUAGUAAACUGGAAACCAGGACUUUUAUGGAAUUGUUUUCUCCUGAGAUAAUGUUCCAUUAUGAGUAGGCCUAAGCCUGCUUUGAUGUUAUACCCACAAUUUUGCCAGUGACAUUGCCUCAGCAUUUCCAGAUGUGAUUUGGACUCAGUUCAGAAGCUCUUCCACUUACAGAUCAGGCCUUCAUCACAUAAGAGUAAGACAGUUCAGUGGAAACGUACACACUAGCGGCACUACAUAGCACUGAAGGUUCUGAUGGAGUUAACUUAGAAGCCUUUGGCAUUUUCCCUCACCCAACAAUUAUUUUAUAGUUAUUAAGACUAGAAAAAAAUUGACUUCAUGCCACAUUGACCUGAACUUUGACAUGUAAUAAGUAGUAGCAACUUUAUGUAAAAAAUACCAUAUUUCUACCUAAGGUGUUAUGUGGGACAGCAAUGUCUUAUAGAUUAGGUAUUGAAACACUGUUACAUGAUGAGAAUACGUAAACCAUGUCAGUGAUGUUUUAAAAUUCCCUACUUGGUAGAACAUAUAUAAAUAAGCUCUUUGGUGCAAAGUUAGUGAAAGGUCAAAGCCAAGAAUCUUCGUUAGGUUUUGUCUUUCAUAAAAUACCUUUUUCCAGAGCUCAUUUUAGAGUCAUAAUUGCGCCACUGUAGAUGGGGUUUCUUAUUAAGAAUGUGGGAAAUAAGACCCUUUGAACAAUCUGUGAACUGAAAAUUUAACAAUGAAAGUGGUUGCUGCUUCCUUUGGAAGAGGUUUUGCUCCAUAUAUUUGUAAAUAGGUUGUCUGGAAUGAGAGAUUCAUCUCCCCCCCCAUAGAACAAUGAUUUAAAAAUUGCAAAAACUUUGAACACCUGUGGAUGCACUUCAUUAAGAGCUGGUAAUUCAGCAAGAAAAUUGUACAUAAGCAUGUCUUUUGAAAAAACUAAGUUGAUUUCUUCAUCUCAUUCUCCAGAUUGGGUAAGAUGAAGGUUGAUUUUGAUCGUUGAUUUUGGCAACGUGGCGAUCACUGGCAGUUUUGCCAUGAUCAUUGAUUGGUGCCAUUUCAUUGAUUGGUGGGGAUGAAAGGUAGGUUGUAGUGGGGUCAAGAAAGAGUGGGAAGAACAGGGAGACAGCAAGGAGAGAUAGCUCAGUAGGAGUCUUCUUGUUUUGCUCUGUUUUAACCUCACGUCAUUUUAAAUCUUGUCACAUUUGGGAACCAGAGGGUUUAGGUGGUAUCCUCCAUCUUUGACGUGUGCCCUCUGAAAUCAAGUACAGUCUCUCCAUGUCUCUGUCUCAGUAUUGGCUAAGCUGUUGUUCUUUAAAAUGUAUUUAGUUUGAAUAAAGAUUUACCUUCCAUGGAA